UUCGUUAUAAUUUUAAAUGGCAUCAAAAGAUACGUGAGUAUUACACAUUUAUAUCCUGCUUUCUUUGGAUAUUUUUUAUAGUUUAUUUUAUAAGUUAAAAAAUGAAGUAUUAAAAAAUCAAGGCGAACAACCAAAGAUUUCAUUAUUUUGAUCUUUAUAUUGUAUUCAUUAAAGAAAUAUUAAUUCUUUAGGUACUUCGAUUGUUUGCCCUAUAUAUAUUAUUGUUCUUUCAGCGAAUAGAUAUGUUAUAUCAUUUUUUGUUUACUAUUGCGAAAAAUUAUUUUAGCGAAGAAAAUGAUAGGGAAUCAGCGUUGCGUGUAUCAAUGGAAAAAGAAAAAAAUCGUAAGACGGAUCCUAAGGAGACUCAUGAGAGGUCUAUUAUCAUCGUUGGUAGUAAAAGCGUUGGGAAAACUACGAUGGUAAAUCGAUUUCUUGAAAAGGACGAAAAACCGAAGCCGACAAUUGCAAUGGAGUAUUCUUUUGGCCGAAAAGCUGGUAAGAGUUUGGUGAAGAACAUAGUUCAUGUGUGGGAAAUUGGCUAUGUAUCUUCUUCUUUAAUUUCCGCCGCUAUCAGUGGAUCGGCCUUAACUCAUUCGCCGCAUCACACGACGCUCUUGAUGAUGUUGGAUUUAUCGAAACCGGAAGUAUUAUGGAUCACCUUCGAAGACAUUUUAUCGGCUGUACGAAGCGCAUUAAAGAUGAGUCACAAUUCGAAACUCAUUAACGAGAUGAUCGAGUACAGAACGAGGGAAAGAAAAAGCGUGGAGAAUAUGACCGAUCACUUACCCCUUAAAACGUUUAUAAUUGGAGGAAAAUACGAUGAAUUUCAGGACUUCGAUUUAGACAAGAAGGAAGUAAUAGGAAAAACGUUACGAGCGAUCGCGCAUAGUUUAGGAGCUGGACUCCAUUAUUAUUCUUGCAAGGAAAAAAUUCUCUUACGAAAAAUGAAAGAUUUGUUGUCUCAUAUCGGAUUUGGAGCUGUUCUCGCAGAAGGGAAGUUCACGAGUUACGACAAACCUCUGAUUAUAUCGCCCGGUGCAGAUUCCUUCACGUCGAUCGACUUGCAAUUACCUUAUUCGAAACCAUCCAUGAUUUUAGACACCAUUAAGCAGACGUUCGUGGUUCGUGUACCGCAAAUAACAAGAAACGACGAAUCUACUUUAGAAGACCCAAGUAACGAUCCGAACUUCAACGAGCCCAUUAUAGAUAAACUGAAAGUUCAAAGAGAAGAGGAGAUUAGCAUUCUUCUCGACGAUAUGCUGAACGGUCGAACACAACAAAUUCCCAUUCCCGAUCCGAUUUAAAUAGAAUUCGAACGAUCGUAAUGAGUAUGCAUCAAGAAGAGCUUCUCAGGUUCUGUACGUAUGUAGAGGAGCGAAAGAUUUGUAAUUUUUUAUUGAAUAAAAACUUGAUUGAAAACUAA